AUGGAAGAUUUGAUUGCGCCUCAAAUUAAAGAAAGUUGUAGGCUAGCUCUGCCUGAUGGCUUGAAAGAGCUCAUGAGUGAUAUAUCCAGGGAAGUCCUAAGAUACCAGCCACAAGAUCUCUAUCAGUUCAUAGCUGACUACCUGUCCGCCCUGCUCAUAACAAGAGAGAACCUAUCCAUUGCCAGUCAUAUAUGUGGCGAUAUGACUCAAUGCGGUUGUGAACCAGAGUUGCAACACGAGCUAAAGCAUAUAGGCGUGCAUGAAGACGAUAUCAUACCUGCUAGGGAUAUUAUUGUCAAAUGUUUUGAGAAGGGCGAAGUGAACGAAAGCUCUCUAAUAUUGAAGUUACUUAGAGAAACCAACAUAGACCCGAAUAUAAUUCCGGCUGUCCUGGAAGCAAUCCGCAAUGCCUUCAUACGACAUGAGGCGCGCAAAAUUGUUAAAUGUGAGUCAUCAUCAGAAUGCACCUAUGAUGACAUGAUGAGAGCGGCCAAGCAUACACUGAAUCUGUACAAAGGAACUGCGCCAUCAGAUGAAAUGUAUAACAUUAUGGCUGAGAAGAUACAGGUACAAAAACGGUCUUACAUCUGCUAG